AUGAUUUCCCCCAUUACCAGACGCUUAUUGCGCGAUUGGAAACGUCUAUGGCAUCAGGGAAGCGAUCGGUUCCAUGUGAGACCCCAGGACUCAAACCUGCGUCUGUGGAACUUUGUGCUUGAUUGCGAUACAGCAGAAGUCUAUGGGGUGUUGUUCUGUGGCGGAUCAGAUACCGAGCCCGUCAUGGUGAUGAGAUGCUUUACGCCCAAUGCAUGUUUCCCAGCAAACCAAAACGUAAGUUUGACACAUUUUGUACCCCUACUGCUGACACAGGGCCUUGUGGGGUUUAUGGAGCAACUCUGUCGCAUGGUGGAUCACACACCAGGCGCAACAGACGUUCGUUUCACGCGGACUUGGAAUAGAACAAUGAUCAAGGACUUCAAAGCACAUUUCCCUCAGCUCUAUUCUCAAUUUCAACCUGAGUCCCAGGAUCUAAAUGCGGUGCAGAUGUGGGCAGAUUCAAGAGCCAAGCGGGCUGAGUCUCAUACGCAAACGUUUGGACCCCGCCAGGACUACUUGUCACCCCUCAGCAACACUAUCGCUUGCGACAACAGCAGCAUUCAGGUCAAAGACACCAAGAGGCGAAGAACAGGUCUUGCGGGCACCACGAUAGCUACACACUCUGAAUCCGAAAGCGAAAGCGAUUCAGAUUUGCAUAGAAAAAGGAAAGCAACCAAUUAG